CUGACUCAUCACGCGCGUCCUUGGGAAAUGGUAUUUGCAUGCCACGGCUGUUCGCCUUCGAGCCGGAACGAAAGGGAUUCCCGCCGACAUCAACCGCCGGAUCAAGGAAGGGGGUGGGUCUAACCUUUACAAUGAACAACUCAUCCCCAAAAUGAACUGGAACCUCAUCCGGAAUCUCGCCCUGAGUCUCGAUUUUGAUUCUGACAUAAGUUGAGGGCCAAGAUACCCAAUCAAUCUCCAAAAAUUUACCACAGAAGUCUCCAAUGGUCCUACAGAGUUGCGGGCUUUUAAGAUGGAGGUAAUCACAUUAAGCUCAUGUAAUGAUAGUAAUUAAGACAAACCUAAUUACGAGGUUAACAAUUUCAAACCACUUGUUAUAUUCUUCUCUUAUGGUUAUGACUGAUCUUAUGUAGGGAUACAAGCAGGGGACAAGUCAGCCAUCAACUUCAAGGUACCUACUGUCUUGGCCAUAUCGUCAUUUCAAAACAAUUGUUCAUAUAGAGAAUAUUAUUGUCACCUAACUUUGUUUCCCCGAUCGGUUAUUAGGGUUGGAUGAUUGAUGGGUAAUCAUUGUUUAGGGAAUAAUAUUUGUGACGAAUCAUGUAUGUGAUAAUGAUGAUAAGGUUGAUGAUGAUCUAGGGUUACCUAAUUGGGAAUGGAGUUGUUAACAAUGGAGGUGGACUUAGUGCUUUUGUCAAUUUUGUGCAUGGGAUGGCCCUGAUUUCCACCAAGAUGCUUGAGGAAGCAGCACUUGCUUGCAAACCCGAUUUCAGUGGCCACAGUAAUAAAUGCUACCACACAAUCGACAAGAUUAGCACGGUGCUGGAUGGUCUGAAUGUUUACGACGUGCUGGAACCAUGUUACCACGACCCAGAAGGACAGCAACAGAGGCAAACCAAACUGCCGCCCAGCUUCCAAAACUUGGGCCAGAUCGAAAAGCCACUCCUAGUCAGGAAGCGGAUGUUCGGUCGGGCCUGGCCUCUUUGGGCUCAACACUUUGAUAACUUCCGGCCCAACACAACUGACAAUAAGCUGCUUCUUUGGCCCCAAGUAGCACGCCAAGCUGGCGAGGUUGUACUGUACGUCCAAGGGUCGGUGAAAUCGGAACCAUGAUAAUCGCGGUCCAGUUAGUAAACGAAAUUUGAGCAACACACAAUCGGAUCAUCAGUACAUUCCGCUUGAGCUGGUCCGGUCCAAGCAUAGAUUCGGUUUAUUAUUUUUCCUUACACUUUUGAUGAAAUUCAUAGGAAACGAGAAUCAGACUGUAUGGUCUGAAUGCUGAUUUAGUUCUGGUGCGAUCCAAUGUGGACCGAACAGUUGCACACCCCGUACUUAUGAAUUGGGCUAUUCUUAUUUGGAUGGUAUAAUAACUGCCGGUAAUGUUGUUGUAAAUGAAUUGUCAUUUAUAUUGUGUAGGGUGCAGGACAUACGGUUUCGAAAUACAAGCUACGAGAGUCGUUGGAAUUUUAUACUCGGUUCCUUGACGGGAAACGAAUAUAAAUAUGAGUACCAUUCAUGUACAAUUCCAUAAAUAUAUAUAUCAAUAAACAAGAGAACCAAAAUCCGAGUUCUUGUGUAUACUGGUUUAGGACAAUAUUCUUGGUCAUGUAUUCAUACCGACGUCUGGUAAUCCAAGAAAGAGAAGACGGCAGAAGAUGGAAGAAGAAGGAUAAUAAGUAGGGUUUGCAAUGGGCAAGUUGGGUGGAUUUUGGUCUAAAAUUGACCCACCCACUUGCUAGCGGAUUGGGAUAUAUGUGACUCGCAAUCCACCCUCAUACUUAUGCGGGUUGGGUUCGGUGGGUGGCGGGUGAGUGCGGUUGGGUCGCGGGUUAACCCGCAAAAGCAAUUCUCCAACUAGCUAUUAAGAAAAUUGACUAACAUUCAUAAUAAGUUCACAACACAUUAGUAAGAUUGUAUCAAUAAUUUGUGAUUUCGAUACAAUUAAUUAUUUAUAGUUUGUAUCACAAUAUUUAAUGGAUAUUAACAAUAAUUUGCAUACCAAUAUCCAUUGUCAAUGGAUAUUGCACAACACAAUAACCAAUAAUAGUAGUCAAAACUAUUUUUUUAUUCUCCACCUUUUGCAGUAUAUGGUCACACUGUCGUGCAGUUCGAAAAUAUGAUGAACGAUACUAUAAGAAACAACAUUUUUUCAUGUAAAAAUAGGAUGCGAGUCAUACGGGUGACCCGCAAUCCACCCACCAUCCACCCACAUAAGUUUGGUUGGGAGAUUUAACAAUCCGCAAUCCACCCACAUUAAUCACCCAUUACAUGUGGGUCGGGUUAUUUGUGGGUGGAUCAAUAUCAAUCCGCGGAUUAACCACCCACGUACUCACCCCUAAUAAUAAGUAUCAUUCAUAAAUUGUGAAGAAUAUAGCUAAAUUGAUGGGAUUUACCACAAAUUGGGGUUUUUCACAACAACUGCAAUAGAGGCCGCCGUAUUAUUAUAUGCUUAAAUUGUUGGACGCCAUAUGAGCAAACCCUUAGGAAUCGACCGGACGACGGUUCUUUCGUCUCCUCCGCGCGCCCCAACCCACGUCACGUAGCCCUUCCCUCUUCGUCUUUUUCCUUCUCGACAGAAUUGGUCGGACCUUUUUCGUUGGCCGGCGAUGAACGAAUGUAUUCCCCCAAAUGCGAAUGGCCAACCUUCAUCAAUAACUUGAACUAUUAGAAUCAACUGUUUCUUGAUUGUAUUAGAGUUUUAACGACUCCAAUACUAAUCGUUAGUUUAUCAAAUGAUAGCGAGUAUAACAUUACUAAAUGUACAUUCUUUUCGUACGCGCGUCGACACCAUGCCGUCGUGUGACAUUUGUAUAACUUUCUGGAACCUUCUCUUAGACAACCCACAAUAGCAAAAGUAGUUAAAGUGGGGAAAUGGCGGGAUGGUUUUUUUUUAACUCCAAUCAAGGGAGAUCCAUAAUAGAGGGACGUGGGUAAGUGACAAAUGGAGCUUUGAGCGAAAUCAAUUUACUUCUGAUUUCAUCAUUUUACUGAGAUAAUUUGAGUAUUAUAUAAUGAUAAUAAUUAAUCAAGACAAACAAUUGUU